AUGUUGAGAGAAAAAUGCGUUUUUGUUAUUGUAAGUUAAGGGUUUUGUAAGCUUAUGGUGCCCUGAUAUAACAACUUAAAUUUUUUUAUUGGAGCUACAGUAACCACGGCUUCUAAGGUUUCAAAAAAAUCUGUUUUUAAGAAACAAAACCUACAACACUUAAUUUUAAAAGGCAAUCAGUGUCUUGUAACAUUGAUCUCCACACUCUUAUGAACCUUUUCCAGCUAGUCACUUAUAUGUACAUACCAAAAAUUACCUCAAAAUGUCCAGAAAUAGCUUGUGAAUCCGGUUUAUCGUGCGAUUACAACACUGGCAUUUGUCGCCGUUUCCGUGUGCCAGGCGAAGGCCUACAACACUUCGCAUUAGAUUGGAACAAAUGUCAAGACGUUGUUUGUCCACCCGGCUAUCAUUGUGAUGGUACUAGUGGUGUUUGUACCCGACAUAACGGCGAAGCAAUACAAGCUGACCCUUGUGAAGGCAUUAUCUGUCCUCCUGGUUUUAGUUGUUCGGAAAGUAAGCAUCAUUUUUCAAGUUACAUAUCUAUAAAGCCCAAGUAUUAUAAAAAUCAACAAUGCUGAUUGAACUUCCAAACGACAAAAUGAUUUUUAAGGCCGCUGCGUACAAGACGAACCCCUAACAUCCGAAGAUUUGGACCCCAAUCCUCUAUGUCGUACAGUAAGAUGCCCGCAAGGCUUUGAAUGCUCACCAAACGAUGGAAUGUGUCAUCCGAUAACUAAACACUAUAGUCCGCCAAACAACGACUACUACCUAGAUGAUGUAAGAUCUUUAGAAGACGAAGCUUUAACUCUACAAUGUCCGCCAAAUUCACACUACGACAACUGUGCAGCUCCAUGUAUCUCAACAUGCGUUGAAAUACGACCAGAUUGUAAAAAACAUGACUAUGAAUGUAUCAGAACGUGUGUAUGCGACGAUGGAUUUGUUCAAGUUAGCGCGUUGAAUGCCACUUGUGUACCCGCCAAAGCGUGUGAAGUUGUUGCCAAAGAUCACGCUAAUAGUAAGUGAGUAACUUUGUAUUUAUCUGCAAAAAUAAUGAGCGACCUUGUUACAAAAACUCGUUAUUAUUUACGACCUCAUGUUUCGGAACCCAAUCAAAAGCAAAGUGCCAGAAGAAGGCAAAAGCAAAUCGUUUUUUAGGACUUGGUUCAAAGUGUUAUAAUCUUGAAAUAACUCUCAUAUCUUAUUUUUGUUGCGUGUGUGGAUGUGUCACACAAAUAAUAACAACAUUGCUUACAGGCUGCCAAAACCUUCAAUGCGCUCAAGGAAUGAAAUGCCUUGA